AGACGCAGGGGCGCCAUGUGGCCCAGUUACCAAGAUGAGCACGCGUUCAACGCCCACCUGGUUUGCCGCAUGUGCUGUAUGGAUGAGCGGGACCGGGUUCAGAAGAAAACGUUCACCAAGUGGGUCAACAAGCACCUGAUGAAGGUCCGCAAGCACAUCAACGAUCUUUACGAAGAUCUGCGGGAUGGCCACAACCUGAUCUCUCUGCUAGAGGUCCUCUCGGGCAUCAAACUGCCCCGGGAGAAGGGCAGGAUGCGGUUCCAUCGGCUGCAGAAUGUGCAGAUUGCCCUGGACUUCCUAAAGCAGCGCCAGGUGAAGUUGGUGAAUAUUCGCAAUGAUGACAUCACGGAUGGCAACCCUAAGCUGACCCUGGGCCUGAUCUGGACCAUUAUCCUGCACUUCCAGAUCUCUGACAUUUACAUUAGUGGGGAGUCAGGGGACAUGUCAGCCAAGGAGAAACUGCUUCUGUGGACCCAGAAGGUGACAGCUGGUUACACGGGAAUCAAAUGCACCAACUUCUCCUCCUGCUGGAGUGAUGGGAAGAUGUUCAAUGCACUUAUUCACCGAUACAGACCUGAUCUCGUUGACAUGGAGAGGGUGCAGAUCCAAAGUAACCGAGAGAACCUGGAACAGGCUUUCGAAGUGGCAGAAAGACUAGGGGUCACCCGUCUGCUGGAUGCAGAAGAUGUGGAUGUGCCCUCUCCAGAUGAAAAGUCUGUGAUCACUUACGUGUCUUCCAUUUACGAUGCCUUCCCCAAAGUCCCUGAGGGCGGAGAAGGAAUCAGUGCUACGGAAGUGGACUCCAGGUGGCAGGAAUACCAAAGCCGAGUGGACUCCCUCAUCCCCUGGAUCAAACAGCACACAAUCCUGAUGUCUGAUAAAUCUUUCCCCCAGAACCCCGUUGAACUAAAGGCACUUUAUAACCAAUAUAUACACUUCAAAGAAACAGAAAUUCUGGCCAAGGAGAGAGAGAAAGGAAGAAUCGAGGAAUUAUAUAAGUUACUAGAGGUGUGGAUUGAAUUUGGCCGCAUUAAACUGCCUCAAGGUUAUCACCCUAAUGAUGUGGAGGAGGAGUGGGGGAAGCUCAUCAUCGAGAUGCUGGAGCGAGAGAAGUCCCUGCGGCCAGCCGUGGAGAGGCUGGAAUUGCUGCUACAGAUUGCAAACAAGAUCCAGAAUGGUGCUUUGAACUGUGAAGAGAAGCUGACACUAGCUAAGAAUACACUGCAGGCCGACGCUGCACACCUGGAAUCGGGGCACCCCGUGCAGUGUGAGGCAGACGUCGUCAUGUACAUCCAGGAGUGCGAAGGUCUCAUCAGGCAGCUGCAGGUGGACCUCCAGAUCCUGCGGGAUGAGAAUUACUACCAGCUGGAAGAGCUGGCUUUUAGGGUCAUGCGCCUGCAGGACGAGCUGGUCACCUUGCGUCUGGAGUGUACGAACCUGUACCGGAAGGGCCAUUUCACUUCACUCGAAUUGGCUCCCCCUUCUACUUUAACCACUACUCAUUUGAAAGAACCCCUGACCAAGGCAACACACUCUUCUUCUGCCUCCUGGUUCCGAAAGCCCAUGACUCGGGCUGAGCUCGUGUCCAUUUCUUCCUCUGAGGAUGAGGGCAGCCUCCGAUUUGUGUACGAACUACUGUCGUGGGUAGAAGAGAUGCAGAUGAAACUGGAGCGCGCAGAGUGGGGCAAUGACCUGCCCAGUGUGGAGCUGCAGCUGGAAACACAGCAACACAUCCACACCAGCGUAGAAGAGCUGGGCGCAAGUGUCAAAGAAGCCAGGUUGUACGAGAGAAAAAUGUCCCAGAAUUUCCAUACCAGCUACGUUGAAACUCUAGGAAAGCUGGAGACACAGUACUGUAAAUUGAAGGAAACUUCUAGCUUCCGGAUGAGGCACCUUCAGAGCCUGCAUAAAUUCGUCUCCAGAGCUACAGCUGAGUUGAUCUGGUUGAAUGAGAAGGAGGAGGAGGAACUAGCAUAUGACUGGAGUGACAACAAUCCCAAUAUCUCAGCCAAGAGAAAUUACUUCUCUGAGUUGACAAUGGAACUGGAGGAGAAACAGGACGUGUUUCGAUCUCUGCAGGACACAGCGGAGCUUCUGUCACUGGAGAACCACCCAGCCAAGCAGACAGUGGAGGCUUACAGUGCUGCCGUCCAGUCCCAGCUGCAGUGGAUGAGGCAGCUGUGCUUGUGUGUAGAGCAGCACGUGAAAGAGAAUUCUGCUUACUUUCAGUUCUUCAGUGAUGCUCGAGACCUAGAGUCAUUCUUGAGGAACCUGCAAGAGUCCAUCAAGCGAAAAUAUUCCUGUGACCACAACACCAGCUUAUCCCGCCUUGAGGACUUGCUCCAGGACUCCAUGGAUGAAAAGGAGCAGCUUAUACAGUCCAAGAGUUCCGUUGCCAGUCUUGUCGGGAGAUCAAAAACCAUUGUUCAACUGAAACCACGCAGCCCUGACCAUGUGCUAAAGAGUACCAUUUCCGUUAAGGCCAUCUGUGACUAUCGGCAAAUCGAGAUCACUGUUUGCAAGAAUGACGAGUGUGUGCUGGAAGAUAAUUCUCAGAGAACCAAGUGGAAGGUGAUCAGCCCCACGGGGAAUGAGGCGAUGGUGCCAUCAGUCUGCUUCCUCAUUCCUCCACCGAACAAGGAUGCCAUUGAGAUGGCCGGCAGGGUGGAACAAUCUUAUCAGAAGGUGAUGGCCCUUUGGCACCAGCUACAUGUUAACACCAAAAGCCUUAUUUCCUGGAAUUAUCUGCGGAAGGAUCUUGACCUUGUACAGACCUGGAACCUAGAAAAGCUCCGAUCCUUGGCACCAGGGGAAUGCCAUCAGGUUAUGAAGAGCCUCCAAGCGCACUAUGAAGAUUUCGUGCAGGACAGUCGCGACUGUGUGCUCUUCUCGGUGGCUGAUCGCUUGCGUUUGGAAGAGGAGGUGGAAUCUUGUAAAUCCCACUUCCAGCACCUGAUGAAAUCCAUGGAGAACGAGGACAAAGAGGAGACUGUGGCCAAGACGUACAUUUCAGAGCUCAAGAAUAUCCGACUGCAUCUGGAGGAAUGCGAACAGAGGCUGGUCAAACGAAUUCAGUCCCCAGCCAGUUCUAGGACUGACAAGGAUGCCUGGCAUGACAGUGCACUGAGGAUUGCAGAACAGGAGCACACCCAGGAGGAGCUGCAGCAGCUGAGGUCAGACUUGGAUGCUGUUUCCGUGAAGUGCAACAGCUUUUUUCAUCAGUCUCCAUCUGGUUCGAGUGUCCCAACUCUGCGCUCAGAACUGAAUCUGCUGGUGGAGAAGAUGGACCAUGUCUAUGGUCUCUCCACGGUCUACCUGAAUAAGUUAAAGACAGUCGAUGUUCUGGUGCGCAGCAUCCAGGAUGCUGAGCUCUUGGUCAAAGGCUACGAGAUCAAGCUGAGUCAGGAAGAAGCAGUUCCGGCCGACGUCUCAGCUCUGGAGUCCCAUCGCUCCACAUUACGGCAUUGGCUUACCGAUGUGAAGGACAAGAAUUCAGUGUUUUCAGGCCUGGAGGAAGAAAUUGCCAAGGCCAAGGUCGUGGCGGAGCAACUGAGUCGUCUAACACCAGAGCGAAACCUGGAUCUGGAGCGCUUCCAGGAGAAGGGUUCCCAGCUCCAGGAGCGCUGGCACCGGGUCAUCGCCCAACUUGAGAGCCGCCAAGCUGAGCUAGGAAGUAUCCAGGAAGUCCUGGGAGAUUACCGCGCCUGCCAUGGGACACUCAUCAAGUGGAUUGAGGAAACCACGGCCCAGCAGGAAAUGAUGAAGCCAGGCCAGGCAGAGGACAGCAGAGUGCUGUCGGAGCAGCUCAGCCAGCAGACGGAUCUGUUUGCAGAAAUCGAGAGAAAUCAGACAAAACUGGACCAGUGUCAAAAAUUUUCCCAGCAGUACUCCACUACUGUCAAGGACUAUGAAUUGCAGCUAAUGACGUACAAGGCCUUCGUGGAGUCACAGCAGAAGUCCCCGGGCAGGCGACGUCGCAUGCCUUCCUCUUCAGAUGCCAUCACACAAGAGUUCAUGGACCUAAGGACCCGGUACACAGCCUUGGUGACCCUGACCACCCAGCACGUGAAGUACAUCAGCGACGCGCUCCGGCGGCUGGAGGAGGAAGAGAAAGUGGUCGAAGAGGAAAAACAGGAACAUGUGGAGAAGGUUAAAGAGCUUUUGGGCUGGGUAUCUACCCUAGCAAGGCAUACACAAGGAAAAGCUACCUCAUCCCAGACCAAAGAACCUACAGACAUUGAAAAAGCCAUUUUGGAACAGCAGGUUCUGGCAGAAGAGCUGACAACCAAGAGAGAGCAAGUCUCUGAGGCUAUUAAAACUUCACAGAUCUUCUUGGCCAAGCAUGGUCAUAAGCUCUCAGAAACAGAGAAGGCACAGGUGAAUGAACAGUUGAAUGCCCUGAACAAGGCUUACCACGACCUCUGUGAUGGUUCAGCCAACCAGCUUCAGCAGCUUCAGAGCCAGUUGGCUCAGCGGACAGAACAAAAGGGUUGCAGAGCAGUUGCUGGGGUGAUUGACCUAGGUACAGUGGAGAUAUUUCCCAUCUUCAGAGCCAUGCAAAAGGGCCUCAUUGACCAAGACACAGGCCUGGUGCUCCUGGAAUCCCAGGUUAUUACGUCUGGCCUCAUUGCCCCUGAGACCAGUGAAAAGCUCUCUUUGGAGGAGGGUGUAGCCAGAAACCUCAUUAAUUCUCAGAUGUACCAGCAGCUCCAGGAGCUCCAGGAUACCCUCUCCUUAAUAAGCAGGGUUACUGAGAGCAAAGGCCCUCUUUCUGUGGUGGAAGCUAUAGAAAAGAAAAUAAUCACUGAGAAAGUUGGACUGAAAAUCUUAGAAGCUCAUCUGGCAACUGGAGAGUUCGGUCUCUCCCCCAGUGAGAACUCUAUUAACCUGGAAGAGGCUUUUCAUCAAGGCCUCAUUUCUGCAUGGCUUCAUUCAGUGUUAGCAUCUCACCUGAGAUCAUCCAAGAAUUUGAUAGACCCCAACACAGCUGAGAAAAUCAGUUUGCUGGAUCUGAUGCGGAGGUGUAUUGUCCACCAGGAAUCAGGGUUGAAGUUGCUCCCUGUCAAGCAAUUGGCAGGAGGAAUGGUGAGCUUAAAAUCAGGCCGGAAGGUCAGCAUUUUCCGUGCAGUUCAGGAAGGGUUAAUAGAUAGACAGGUCACCGUUCGGCUGCUGGAAGCUCAGCUCUUUGCUGGUGGCAUAGUAGAUCCAAGAACAGGACACAGACUGACAGUGGAAGAGGCAGUGAAACACAGUUUGAUUGAUCAGGAUAUGGCCUGUGCCAUCCUCAUACGGCAGCUGCAGACCGGCGGCAUCGUAGACACGGCCACUGGGCACAGGCUGACAGUAGAUGAAGCAGUGAGCCACGAUCUAGUAGCUGCUAAGGUGGCCCUGGUGAUUCUGGAGUCCCUCUGGUCCUUCAUGGGGGUGCUGUGGCCUGAAUCUGGAGAGAUUCUCCCAAUUACAGAUGCUCUAGAACAAGGCCUUGUGUCUGCUGAACUAGCACAUAAAAUCCUUAGAAACCGAAAGCAUAUUAAGGCUCUAUUUCUACCAGCAACCACAGAGAUUUUGUCCUGGAAAAAGGCAACAGAAAAUGGUAUUUUGGACAAAGAUCUUGCCACUCACUUAAAAUCAGUAUGUAUUCCUGAUGUUAUGCCGCACAUGCGAUUAGCAGACUCGUCAGAACGAAAGAAGCCGAGCAGGGAUCCUCGAGCCGCAGCUCUGCCACACAGCGAGGGCCAAACUGAGGGCCCCGCUAACCAGCGUGAGAAGCUGCUGUUCCAGCUGAUGACUCACAGCUAUGUGAAUGUGCAGGAUGGUCAGAGGCUGCUUCUGUUAGACGAAGAGCUGAUGGAGACACUGACAUCCAGAGGUGACAUCCAGACAGGUCCUCCAGAAGUGACUGGAACUGGACCUCAGAAACUAGAAACUCCUGAGGAGCUGCAAGAAUCAACAACUAUGAAAACCACAGAAACUGUCUGUGAUGGGUCGCACACGUUACGCUUUUCUUCUCCGGAAGCAGAGUAUCACAAUCGGAAAGAUGGCACUGAAGCUGAAGGCAAAAAGACCACUGUAGAAAGAGAAUGUUCUGCAGAGAAUCCUGAGAAGGAUCCGUGUGUAGAAAAACAGAAAGAAAGGCAUCCAAAUGUUGACACUUUGAAGGUCAUAAAUACAGUCAAGUCAGAGUUACGAAGACAGUUAUUAGAUACCAAAAAGGAAGCACAAACAGAAAUGCUUGCCAGAGAAAAUGUCAGCCGAGGACUCCUCCCAAGGGUACCUGCUCCUGAGGGAGCGGAGGGUGUGCCCCUGGUGGUCGACAGCAGAAUUGUCUCUGUGCAAACACCAGAGGAAGAAGGGCAUCUGCUAACACAGACCUCUUUCACAUGUCAGAAAGAACAAGCAAACACUCCUGAGAUGGCAUAUACUCCAGGUGAAACUGGAAGACCACCCAUAAACUCCCAAAGCAAAAAGUCACAAUUUCAGGUAGAGAAAACCCCAAGUUUAAAAUCAGAACUAAAGUCUGGAAAUAAUACGAAUACUUACCAUCUGGACAAAAAGAAAGUGUUAACUAAGACAUUUUUGUCUGGGGAUGAUAGUAAACAAAGCCAAGGUGGACAAAACAUUGCAGAUGGUAGUAUGAUGAUGUCAGAAAAGACCAGUGAGGAAGAUGAGGGUAGCGAACCAUCCCUGUCGUGUAGUCUUCCUUCAGAACUGGCCGAAGAAGCUACCCUGAAUACAUUAUCCGCACAGUUACUGGGUGGUGGCAUUAUUCAUGAACAAACAGGUCAAAAGCUCUUACUAAAUGAAGCGCUAGCCCAAGGCAUUGUGCCCAGCCACACUGCGGUGAAACUGAUGGCAAAGCUGGCGAUGUUCCGCGGCUUCUUUGACUCUCAGACCUCAGAAUCUUUGACAACUGAAGAAGUCAUUGAUGAAGGUCUGAUGGAUGAGAAGUUGCUGCACAACGUCCUCAUGGCAGACAAAGCUAUCAGCGGAGUCUUAGACCCCCGCACCCACACGCUGUGCUCCGUAAAGGAUGCAGUUGCAGUUGGACUCCUUGACAAGGAAACAGCUACCAGAAUUUUAGAGGGGCAGGUGGUGACGGGUGGAAUUGUUGAUCUGAAACGAGGAAAGAAACUUUCAGUAACUUUGGCCUCCAAUCUUGGCUUGGUGGACAGCACUGACCAGACAGAGCUUAUCAAUCUGGAGAAAACUUCCAAAGGAAGAGAUGCUGACGAAACAGUUAGGGAGAAGUUAAUCAGUCUACAAAUGGAAACGACAGGCCUUAUGGAUCCUGCCAGCAAAGCCCCUUUAACAGUUGUGCAGUCCAUUGACAGAGGCCUUCUGGCGAGAGAGGAGGCCAUUCGUUUAUUGACUAAACAGGUGAUUGAUGGAGGUAUCAUUCAUCAUGUAUCUGGAAUAAGACUUUCAGUUGAUAACGCCUUCAAUCAUGGCUGGAUCAGUGAAGAUUUAGCCAAGCAACUCAGAAAAGUUGAGAACUUAAACCACCAUCAGUUUUUUCAUCCUGAAACAAAGGACACUAUUUCCCUUCCUGAAGCUAUAAAAUUAGAUCUUGUUACUCCAGAUCUGAAAAGAGAAAUCCAAGAAAUUCAGGCUUUUACUGGAAACUUUGUGGAUCUCAUUUCUGGCCAGAGAUUGACCUUGGCAGAAGCUAAAAAGGAAGGACUGUCAACUAGGAAGACAGCAUUGCCUUCAGAAAUGAUGCAUGGGGUUGUAGACCCUGAGAAUUACAGAAUUGUUCCCUAUUCAGAAUUAGUAAAGAAAUGUAAGAUUGAUAUUGAAUCUGGACAGAGAUAUCUAGAAGUAAUUCCCUUUUCAGACAUUAAAGAUGAGGUGAGUGACAAAGUGCUUACAUUGCCUCAAGCCGUUGAGCUCGGAAAAGUCGACUUUGCAUCUACAUUGAAAGUUCUAGAAGCUCAAGCAAAUUCUGGUGGAAUCAUAGAUACUAAUACAGGAAAAAGACUGACGUUGGCAUCGGCUUUGGAAAAGAAAUUGGUGGAUGAAAACAUGGUCCGAAUGAUUGCAUCUCAUCAGGUCUCACAUGGUGGAAUUAUUGACAUUUUUAAUGACCAGAGAGUGACCUUACAGGAAGCUGUUGAGAAGAGAUUUAUCAGUCCUGAGCUGAUGACUGCAAUCCAAGGUGAUAGUAAUCAUCAGGCUCAGGUUGAAAAGCAAGGUGGAAUCGAAGUAUGUGAGUUCAAGAAUGAAUUUCUAAGAGAAGAAGUGUCCGUUGCUUGUAAUCGGACCGCUGAAACGAGCUGCGAUCAAGGAGACAGUGAGAGAUUACUUCAUAUUGAAAGGCAGUCUGUACAAGAAAAGAUUCAAGUGAGAGUUUGUGAUGGGGAGAAGGCAGAAAAGGGCAGAGGAAUUUCAUUAAAGGAGUUGGAGGGUGAGGAUCCAGACCAGCCAAGAGUUCCUCCAGAUGCUGAGGAAUCUGUUGGCACCACAGUUCCUAGUAAUCUUAAAGGUAAACCUUUGGGCCAAGUUCCAGUGACACGUCCUUACUCAGGAGUUUGUGAUCUAAAGCCCAAAGAGAUAGCUAAACAUAACAUGAGAAAAAAUACAAACAAAGAGCAGGAAAAAAUAGCGACACAAAUAGAAAUUAGCUCUCAUAUGAAGCAGUCUCCCACAGGUCAAGAUCCUAAAGAAAUGAGAGAAAAUCAAGGGGAAGUGAUUUUGGAAGUGCAAGAAUCAAAUUAUGAAACAGACAAGUUGUUGAGUCAGCAGAUAAUGCAGCAGCCAGUGACUAUCAGGGUGAAAAGCCAGAGCGAGAAGAGAGAGAUGAUUGUAGAAGAAUGCGUGAAAACAUGCAAACCAGCAGUUCUUUCUGAAGACCAGUGGAAGCAGGGGAGUACCCUUGGAGAUGAGCAUGACUCCAUUACGAAGUGUCACCCUGUGGAAAUGAACAUGAGGGAGAAAGGAAAAGAAGCUGAUAGAGAGAUGGGAUUUUCUAUUAUUUGUAAAACUGAAGACCUUUCUUCCCAAAGGUUACCCAAAGGAGUAAGAAGUCAAGAUGCCUUAACAUUCUUUAGCUCUCAACAGGCCAGUGAAGGGGAAGUGAAGGACGUAAGCCUCUGCUUGAACUUAAAAACAGAAGAAAAUACACCUGAAGAAGUCGCUGAUAGGGCCCAGAGUGAAGUGUUCUCCUCUCUGACCCCAAGACCUGAAGGAUUGCACGACCAGCAAUCAUUUGGAAAAGUCCAAGUUACAGACACAACCCAAGUUUCAGACAGGUCUUUGAAAGGAACCACCAGACAGGAAACCAGCUACUACCAAGAUUCCUGUGUUACUCCCAAACACCUGGUUUUCUCAUCUAGUGAAUAUAAAGAAAAGUCCCACCAAGAAGUACGUUUUGACUCACAAACAGCUCUUAAAUUGGAAGAAAUUGUAGUUUCUAGAGUAGAUCCAAAAGAAGUUGGUUGUCUAGAAUUCUCAGACAGAACAGACUUUCAUCCUCAGGUUAACAAAACUGAUGAUGAACCUUGUGGAAUUCUCAGGUCUAAAGUAGCAACAACUCAGGAACUGACUGGAGAACAGUUUCUAGAAAUGGCAGACCCCAUAGUUGCAGCUUCAGAAGGAAGGUCCCUUGAAGGUGUAGUGACUAAGAAAGGCCCCAGUGUCUUGGUAUCCCUUCCUCCAGAGAAACUAUUCAAAGACGUAUCUCGAAAAGAGAGUACAGGGCAACAGGACACCAUGGUUAGUCCCAGCGUUCUAGAGAACAGUGUAGAGAAGCCAGUGUCCCUCACAUCGUCCUCCGCAGUGAAGACAGCCGGGAAGGCACCUCAGGAGAAGCUAAGGGACAACACAGACAGCGAACAGCCUUCCUUCACGACUGCACCCGGGGGAAAGGAAAGUGAAGGUGUGAGCCCAGAGCCCUUCAGAGCAACUCAAAAUGUAUUUAACCGGCAACUCUGUUUAGAGCACGAUGAGAAGAUAGUGUCCUAUCUGUCCCUGCUACGGGACAUUGAAAUGAGGACCAGACAGAUUCAGCCUCUGGAGCUAACCCUGGCCGAACUGCAGGAUCUCCUGUGCCAGGCAAAGAUAUUAGACAAGGAGCUAAAGGAUCUGUCCACCGUGGUGAGUCAGGAACUGGAGUGUGUGGAUCAGAUUAUCAUCAGCCAGCCUCAGGAAGUCCCUGCUCAACUGUUGAAGGCUCUGGAGAAGGAUGCCAAGAAUCUUCAGAAGUCUCUCAGCUCUGUGAGUGACUCCUGGAGUUCCAGACUGCUGCACCUUCAGAAUGCUGUGGAAGGGACAAAGGCUAGAGUGUUAAACCAGCAUACGCUGCUGGAAGGCGAACUCCAAGACCUGAGAGCCUGGGCCGGCAGUGUCAGCCUCGCCCUGAGCAGCCCCGGCUUCGGCAGUGAGACGGACGUCACAAGCCUGAAUCGUCAACUGCAGCAGUAUGAGGACUUGAAGCUGCCCUUGGCUGAGAGGAGAUCGCAGCUAGAUGCUCUUGCUUACGACACUCAGGUCUUCCUCUCUGAGCAUGCCCAGCACUUGUCCCCGCAGCAGAACCGACAGAUGCUAAGCCUUCUAAACGAGCUGCAGAGGUCCUUCCAGGGCCUUGCAGAGCGGACCGCAGCUCAGACCGAUGCCUUGCAGGGCCGUCUUCAACAAAUGGAGCAGGAGGUCCAGGUCAAGACCCUGCAAAAACAACAAAUUACCUGUCACCAGAAGCUGGAGGAUCUUUGUAACUGGGUAGACGAGGCGGAAAGAACGCUGGGGGCCCACCAGGGCAGAGCUGCUCAGCAGGAUCUCUCUGCUUUGCAGAAGAACCAAAGUGACUUGAAGGAUUUACAGGAUGACAUUCAGAAUCAUGCCACCUCAUUUGCUACUGUGGUCAAAGACAUUGAGGGGUUCCUGGAAGAGAACCAGACCAAACUGAGCCCCCAUGAGUUGUCAGCUCUUCGGGAAAAGCUCCAUAAGGCUAAGGAGCAGUAUGAGGCUCUCCAGGAACGCACACGGGCAGCCCAGAAGGAGCUGGAGGAAGCAGUGGCCUUAGCCUUGCAGCAGGAGACUGAAAAGAGUAAAGCGGCGAAGGAGCUGGCAGAGAACAGGAGCAAGAUUGAUGCCCUCUUGGAUUGGGUGGCUUCAGUGGGAUCGUCUGGUGCACAGCUACAGACCAGCCUUCCAGGAAAGGAGCUGCCCUCAGGGGCCAGCGUGGAGAAAGGAGCCUUCGAUACCACUGACGGUCGGACGGGCGUGAACCAAGCCGCCGAGCAACUGGACCUGCAGUGUGAGAAGACGAGGGCCCAUCACCAAGAACUGCUGUCCCAGCAGCAAAAUUUCAUCCUGGCCACCCAGUCAGCUCAGACCUUCCUGGACCAGCAUGGCCAUAAUCUUACUCCGGAGGAACACCAGAAGCUGCAAGAGAAGCUGGGAGAGCUUAAGGAGCAAUACGCCGGCUCGCUGGCCCAGUCAGAGGCAGAACUGAAGCGCGUGCAGACGCUCCGGGAUGAGCUGCAGAAAUUUCUGCAGGAUCAUGGAGAGUUUGAAAGCUGGCUGGAACGGUCUGAGAAAGAGCUCGAGAGCAUGCACAAGGGAGACAGCAGCCCCGAAGCCCUUCCUUCCCUUAUGAAGCGGCAGGGAAGCUUCUCGGAGGAUGUCAUUUCCCACAAAGGAGAUUUGAGAUUUGUCACUAUCUCGGGACAGAAAGUGCUGGACACGGAAAACAGCCUAGAGGAAGGCAAAGAACCAUCAGCCACUGGGAACUUAGUGAAGGACAAGCUGAAGGAUGCGACCGAGAGAUACACGGCUCUCCAUUCAAAGUGUACACGGUUGGGCGCGCACCUGAACACGCUGCUAAGCCAGUAUCAGCAGUUCCGAAGCAGCGCCGACGGCCUGCAGGCCUGGCUGCAGACCUGUGGAGCUAACGUGGAGAGACUCCUCUCUGACACUGUGGCCUCUGACCCUGGGGUUCUCCAGCAGCAGCUAGCAACCACCAAGCAAUUGCAGGAAGAAUUGGCUGAGCACCAAGUACCUGUAGAAAAGCUCCAAAAAAUUGCUCGUGACCUCAUGGAGAUCGAAGGGGAGCCAGCCCUGGACCACAAGCACGUGCAGGAAACGACAGAUUCCAUAGUCAGUCACUUCCAGAGCCUCUCCUGUGGCUUGGCUGAGCGCUCCGCUCUGCUGCAGAAGGCGAUUGCCCAGUCUCAGAGUGUCCAGGAGAGCCUGGAGAGCCUGCUGCAGUCCAUCAGGGAAGUUGAACAAAACUUGGAAGGGGAGCAGGUGUCCUCCCUCUCAUCGGGAGUCAUCCAGGAAGCCCUGGCCACUAACAUGAAAUUGAAGCAGGACAUCGCUCGGCAGAAGAGCAGCUUGGAGGCCACCCGUGAGAUGGUGAUGCGAUUCAUGGAGACGGCAGACAGCACCACAGCAGCGGUGCUGCAGGGCAAGCUGGCAGAGGUGACCCAGCGCUUCGAGCAGCUCUGUCUGCGGCAGCAGGAGAGGGAAAGCUCUCUGAAGAAGCUUCUGCCCCAGGCAGAGAUGUUCGAACACCUCUCCGAAAAGCUGCAGCAGUUUGUGGAAAACAGAAGUCGGAUGCUGGCCUCUGGCAAUCAGCCAGAUCGAGAUGUUGCACAUUUCUUCCAACAGAUCCAGGAGCUCAGCUUGGAAAUGGAAGAGCAACAGGAGAACAUAGAUGCUCUUGAGCACUUGGUCACUGAGCUGGGCUCUUGUGGCUUUUCCCUGGACCUGUCCCAGCACCAGGACAGGGUCCAGAACCUCAAAAAGGACUUCACAGAGCUACAGAACACAGUUAAAGAAAGAGAAAAAGAUGCAUCGUCUUGCCAGGAGCAGUUGGAUGAAUUCCGGAAACUGGUUAGAACCUUUCAGAAAUGGCUGAAAGAGACUGAAGCAAGUGUACCCGUUCCAGAGACGUUCAUGAGUACUAAAGAGCUGGAGAAGCAGAUUGGACACCUGAAGGGCCUCCUAGAUGACUGGAAGAGUAAAGGAACUCUGGUGGAAGACAUCAAUUGCAAGGGCACGUCUUUAGAAAAUCUCAUCAUGGAGAUCACAGCACCUGAUUCCCAGUCCAAGCCAGGUUCCAUACUGCCCUCUGUAGGAAGCACUGUAGGCAGUGUAAACGGAUACCACACUUGCAAAGAUCUGACGGAGAUCCAGUGUGACAUGUCAGAUGUAAACUCCAAGUAUGAGAAAUUAGGAGGAAUCCUUCGGGAACGCCAGGAAAGCCUUCAGGCAAUCUUCAGCAAAAACCAGAAGGAGGCAAGCUCAGUGCUACAGUGGCUAGAAUCAAAAGAGGAGGUCCUGAAAUCCAUGGAUACCUCUUUGUCUCCAACCAAGACAGAAACAGUCAAAGCCCAAGCUGAAUCUAACAAGGCCUUUCUGGCUGAAUUGGAACAGAAUUCUCCUAAAAUCCAGAACGUAAAGGAAGCCCUGGCUGCAUUACUAGUGACAUAUCCCAACUCACAGGAAGCAGAAAACUGGAAGAAAAUGCAAGAGGAGCUCAACUCCCGGUGGGAAAGGGCCACUGAGGUGACUGUGGCUCGGCAGAGGCAGCUCGAGGAAUCAGCAAGCCACCUGGCCUGCUUCCAGGCUGCAGAGUCCCAGCUGCGGCCCUGGCUGAUGGAGAAGGAACUGAUGAUGGGCGUGCUGGGGCCCCUGUCUAUUGACCCCAACAUGUUGAAUGCACAAAAGCAGCAAGUGCAGUUUAUGCUGAAGGAAUUUGAAGCACGCAGGCAGCAGCAUGAGCAGCUGAAUGAGGCAGCUCAGGGCAUCCUCACAGGGCCUGGAGAUGUCUCUCCCUCCACCAGCCAAGUGCAGAAGGAGCUCCAGAGCAUCAACCUGAAGUGGGUUGAGCUGACAGACAAACUCAAUUCUCGAUCCAGUCAAAUCGACCAAGCUAUUGUCAAAAGCACCCAGUACCAGGAGCUGCUUCAGGACUUAUCAGAGAAAGUGAAGGCGAUCGGGCAGCGCCUGAGUGGCCAGUCGGCCAUCAGCACCCACCCUGAGGCCGUGAAGCAGCAGCUGGAGGAGACCAGUGAGAUUCGCUCGGACUUAGAGCAAUUAGACCAUGAGAUUAAGGAGGCCCAGACAUUGUGCGAUGAACUCUCAGUGCUCAUUGGUGAGCAGUACCUCAAGGAUGAGCUGAAGAAGCGUCUGGAGACAGUUGCCUUGCCCCUUCAAGGUUUAGAAGACCUUGCAGCCGAUCGCAUGAACAGACUCCAGGCAGCUCUUGCCAGCACCCAGCAGUUCCAGCAAAUGUUUGAUGAGCUGAGGACCUGGUUAGAUGACAAACAAAGCCAGCAAGCAAAAAACUGCCCAAUUUCUGCAAAAUUGGAACGGCUACAGUGUCAGCUACAGGAGAAUGAAGAGUUUCAGAAGAGCCUUAAUCAACACAGUGGUUCCUAUGAGGUGAUUGUGGCUGAAGGGGAAUCUCUGCUUCUUUCUGUCCCUCCUGGAGAAGAGAAGAGGACUUUACAAAACCAGCUGGUUGAGCUCAAAAGUCACUGGGAAGAGCUUAGUAAAAAAACUGCAGACAGACAGUCCAGGCUCAAGGACUGUAUGCAGAAAGCUCAGAAAUAUCAGUGGCACGUUGGUGACCUUGUGCCAUGGAUAGAAGACUGUAAGGCCAAGCUGUCCGAGUUGCAGGUCACUCUGGAUCCGGUGCAGCUUGAGUCUAGUCUCCUGCGGUCAAAGGCCAUGCUGAGCGAGGUCGAGAAGCGCCGCUCCCUGCUGGAGCAGCUGAAUAGUGCGGCCGACAUUCUGAUCAAUUCUUCAGAAACCGAUGAGGAUGACAUCCGGGAUGAGAAGGCUGCCGUCAACCAGAACAUGGAUGCCAUCACAGAGGAGCUCCAGGCCAAGACGGGGUCUCUUGAAGAAAUGACUCAGAGGCUCAAGGAGUUUCAAGAAAGCUUUAAAAAUAUUGAAAAGAAGGUUGAAGGAGCCAAACACCAACUUGAGAUCUUCGACGCUCUAGGCUCUCAAGCCUGCAGCAACAAGAACCUGGAGAAGCUAAGAGCUCAGCAGGAGGUGCUGCAGGCCCUGGAGCCUCAGGUGGACUAUCUGAGGAACUUCACCCAGGGGCUGGUAGAAGAUGCCCCAGAUGGAUCUGAUGCUUCCCAACUGCUACAUCAAGCUGAGCUCACCCAGCAAGAGUUCCUAGAGGUGAAGGAGAGAGUGAACAGUGGUUGCAUGACCAUGGAAAACAAGCUGGAGGGCAUUGGCCAGUUUCACUGCCGAGUCCGGGAGAUGUUUUCUCAACUGGCGGACCUGGACGAUGAGCUAGAUGGCAUGGGUGCCAUCGGCAGAGACACCGACAGCCUGCAGUCCCAGAUUGAGGACGUACAACUGUUUCUUAACAAAAUCCACGUCCUCAAGUCAGACGUAGAGGCCUCAGAAACGGAGUGCCGGAAAAUGCUGGAAGAAGAGGGGACUCUGGACUUGUUGGGUCUUAAGAGAGAGCUGGAAGCCCUGAGCAAACAGUGCGGCAAACUGACAGAGAGGGGCAAAGCUCGGCAGGAGCAGCUGGAGCUGACCCUGGGCCGCGUAGAGGACUUCUACAGGAAAUUGAAAGUACUCAAUGACAUGACCACAGCCGCAGAAGAGGGAGAGGCCCUCCAGUGGGUAGUGGGGACCGAAGUGGAUGUCAUCAACCAACAAUUAGCAGAUUUUAAAAUGUUUCAGAAAGAGCAAGUGGAUCCUCUUCAGAUGAAAUUGCAGCAGGUGAACGGACUCGGCCAGGGAUUAAUUCAGAGUGCAGGAAAAAACUGUGAUGUGCAAGGUUUGGAACAUGACAUGGAAGAGAUCAAUGCUCGAUGGAAUACACUGAAUAAGAAGGUUGCGCAAAGAAUCGCACAACUACAGGAGGCUUUGUUGCAUUGUGGGAAGUUUCAAGAUGCCUUGGAGCCCUUGCUCAGCUGGUUGGCAGACACUGAGGAGCUCAUAGCCAAUCAGAAACCUCCAUCUGCCGAGUAUAAAGUGGUGAAAGCUCAGAUCCAAGAACAGAAGUUGCUCCAGCGACUCUUAGAUGAUCGAAAGGCCACGGUGGACAUGCUUCAAGCAGAAGGAGGCAGAAUAGCCCAGUCAGCUGAGCUGGCCGAUCGAGAGAAAAUCACCGGGCAGCUGGAAAGUCUUGAGAGUAGGUGGACUGAACUGCUCAGCAAGGCAGCAGCCAGGCAAAAACAGCUGGAAGAUAUCCUGGUUCUGGCCAAACAGUUCCACGAGACAACCGAGCCUAUUUCUGACUUCUUAUCCGUCACAGAGAAAAAGCUUGCUAACUCAGAGCCCGUCGGCACACAGACCGCCAAAAUACAGCAGCAGAUCGUUCGGCACAAGGCUCUGGAGGAAGAAAUAGAAAACCAUGCAGCAGAUGUGGACCAGGCAGUCAGAAUUGGGCAGUCCCUCUCCUCCCUGACAUGUUCUGCAGAGCAGAGUGUGCUGUCAGAAAAGCUAGACGCCUUGCAGGCCCGAUACAGUGAGAUUCAAGACCGGUGCUGUCGGAAAGCAGCCCUGCUUGAACAAGCACUGUCUGACGCUAGGCUGUUCGGGGAGGAGGAGGUGGAGGUGCUCAACUGGCUGGCCGAGGUUGAGGACAAGCUCAGUUCAGUGUUCGUAAAGGAUUACAAGCAGGAUGUCCUGCAGAGACAGCAUGCUGGCCACCUGGCUUUAAAUGAAGAGAUUGUUAAUAGAAAAAAGAAUGUAGAUCAAGCUAUUAAAAAUGGCCAGGCUCUUCUGAAACAAACCACAGGUGAAGAGGUGUUACUCAUCCAGGAGAAACUGGACGGCAUAAAGACGCGCUACGCAGACAUCACAGUCACCAGCUCCAAGGCCCUCAGGACUUUAGAGCAAGCCCGGCAGCUGGCCACCAAGUUCCAGUCCACGUAUGAGGAGCUCACCGGGUGGCUGAGGGAGGUGGAGGAGGAGCUGGCAGCCAGCGGAGGACAGUCUCCCACAGGGGAGCAGAUACCCCAGUUUCAGCAAAGACAGAAGGAGUUAAAGAAGGAGGUCAUGGAGCACAGGCUGGUGUUGGACACUGUGAAUGAGGUGAGCCACGCUCUCUUAGAGCUGGUGCCCUGGAGAGCCAGAGAAGGGCUGGACAAACUUGUGUCUGAUGCCAACGAGCAGUACAAACUGGUCAGUGACACUGUUGGACAAAGGGUGGAUGAAAUUGAUGCUGCUAUUCAGAGAUCACAGCAGUAUGAGCAAGCUGCUGAUGCAGAACUAGCUUGGGUCGCUGAAACAAAACGGAAGCUGAUGGCCCUGGGUCCGAUUCGCCUGGAACAGGACCAGACCACAGCUCAGCUGCAGGUGCAGAAGGCUUUCUCCAUCGAUAUCAUUCGACACAAAGAUUCAAUGGAUGAACUCUUCAGUCACCGGGGGGACAUCUUUGGCACAUGUGGAGAGGAGCAGAAAGCUGUAUUACAGGAAAAGACGGAGUCUCUGGUACAGCAAUACGAGGCCGUCAGCCUACUCAACUCAGAGCGGUAUGCCCGCUUGGAGCGGGCCCAGGUCUUGGUGAACCAGUUCUGGGAAACUUACGAAGAGCUCAGCCCGUGGCUUGAGGAGACUCGGGCACUGAUAGCCCAGUUACCGCCUCCCGCCGUCGAUCACGAGCAGCUCAGGCAGCAGCAGGAGGAAAUGAGGCAAUUAAGGGAAUCCAUUGCUGAACACAAACCUCAUAUUGAUAAGCUACUAAAGAUAGGCCCACAGCUAAAGGAGUUAAACCCUGAGGAAGGAGAAAUGGUGGAAGAAAAAUACCAGAAAGCAGAAAACACAUAUGCCCAAAUAAAGGAGGAGGUGCGUCAGCGGGCCCUGGCUCUGGACGAGGCCGUCUCCCAGUCUGCCCAGAUCACAGAGUUCCACGAUAAAAUCGAGCCUAUGUUGGAGACUCUGGAGAACCUGUCCUCUCGCCUGCGAAUGCCCCCCCUAAUUCCUGCCGAAGUAGACAAGAUCAGAGAGUGCAUCGGCGACAAUAAGAGUGCCGCCGUGGAGCUCGAAAAGCUGCAGCCGUCCUUCGAGGCCCUGAAGCGCCGUGGAGAAGAGCUCAUUGGGAGAUCUCAGGGAGCCGACAAGGAUCUGGCUGCAAAAGAAAUCCAGGAUAAAUUGGACCAGAUGGUAUUCUUCUGGGAGGACAUCAAAGCUCGGGCCGAAGAGCGAGAAAUCAAAUUCCUUGAUGUCCUUGAGUUGGCAGAGAAGUUCUGGUAUGACAUGGCAGCCCUCCUGACCACCAUCAAAGAUACCCAGGAUAUCGUCCACGACUUGGAAAGCCCCGGCAUCGACCCGUCCAUCAUUAAACAGCAGGUUGAAGCUGCUGAGACCAUUAAGGAGGAGACAGACGGUCUACACGAGGAGCUGGAGUUCAUUCGCAUCCUUGGAGCAGAUUUGAUUUUUGCCUGUGGAGAAACGGAGAAGCCCGAAGUGAAGAAGAGCAUUGAUGAGAUGAAUAAUGCUUGGGAGAAUUUAAACAAGACCUGGAGAGAGAGGCUCGAAAAGCUGGAGGAUGCCAUGCAAGCCGCCGUGCAGUAUCAGGACACACUGCAGGCUAUGUUUGACUGGCUUGAUAACACUGUGAUCAAACUCUGUACCAUGCCCCCUGUUGGCACAGACCUCAACACUGUUAAAGAUCAGUUAAAUGAAAUGAAGGAGUUUAAAGUGGAAGUUUACCAACAGCAAAUUGAGAUGGAGAAGCUCAACCACCAGGGUGAGCUGAUGUUAAAGAAAGCCACUGAUGAGACAGACAGAGACAUUAUACGAGAGCCACUGACAGAGCUCAAACACCUCUGGGAGAACCUGGGCGAGAAGAUUGCCCACAGACAGCAUAAACUAGAAGGUGCUCUCUUGGCCCUUGGCCAAUUCCAACAUGCCUUAGAGGAAUUGAUGAGUUGGCUGACUCACACUGAGGAGCUGUUAGAUGCUCAGAGACCAAUAAGUGGAGACCCAAAAGUCAUUGAAGUUGAGCUUGCAAAGCACCAUGUUCUGAAAAAUGAUGUUUUGGCUCAUCAAGCCACAGUGGACACAGUCAACAAAGCAGGCAACGAGCUGCUUGAAUCUAGUGCUGGAGAUGACGCCAGCAGCCUACGGAGCCGUUUGGAAACUAUGAACCAGUGCUGGGAGUCGGUGCUACAGAAAACAGAGGAGAGGGAGCAGCAGCUUCAGUCCACACUGCAGCAGGCCCAGGGUUUCCACAGUGAAAUUGAAGACUUUCUCUUGGAACUGACUAGAAUGGAGAGCCAGCUUUCUGCAUCUAAGCCCACAGGAGGGCUUCCUGAGACAGCCAGGGAGCAGCUUGAUACACACAUGGAGCUCUAUUCCCAGCUGAAAGCCAAGGAGGAGACCUACAACCAGCUGCUUGAUAAGGGCCGGCUCAUGCUCCUGAGCCGCGACGACUCUGGGUCCGGCUCCAAGACAGAGCAGAGCGUGGCCCUCUUGGAGCAGAAGUGGCAGGUGGUCAGCAGUAAGAUGGAAGAAAGAAAGUCAAAGCUGGAAGAGGCCCUGAACCUGGCGACAGAAUUCCAGAAUUCCCUCCAGGAGUUUAUCAACUGGCUCACUCUAGCAGAGCAGAGUCUGAACAUCGCUUCUCCUCCCAGCUUGAUCCUCAACACUGUCCUCUCCCAGAUCGAGGAGCACAAGGUUUUUGCUAAUGAAGUCAAUGCUCAUCGAGACCAGAUCAUCGAGCUGGACCAGACCGGGAGUCAGCUCAAGUUCCUUAGCCAAAAGCAGGAUGUUGUUCUGAUCAAGAACUUGCUGGUCAGUGUGCAGUCUCGGUGGGAGAAGGUUGUCCAGCGAUCUAUCGAGAGAGGGCGCUCACUAGACGAUGCCAGGAAACGGGCCAAGCAAUUCCAUGAAGCUUGGAAAAAAUUGAUCGACUGGCUGGAAGAUGCAGAGAGCCACCUGGACUCAGAGCUGGAGAUAUCCAACGACCCAGACAAAAUUAAGCUUCAGCUUUCUAAGCAUAAGGAGUUUCAGAAGACUCUUGGUGGCAAACAGCCUGUGUAUGACACCACAAUUAGAACGGGCAGAGCACUGAGAGAAAAGACCGUGCUCCCUGACGACGCUCAGAAACUGGACAACCUCCUGGGAGAAGUCAGAGACAAGUGGGACACCGUCUGUGGCAAGUCUGUGGAGCGGCAGCACAAAUUGGAGGAAGCCCUGCUGUUCUCCGGCCAGUUCAUGGACGCCCUGCAGGCCUUGGUCGACUGGUUAUACAAGGUAGAGCCUCAGCUGGCCGAGGACCAGCCCGUGCAUGGGGACCUCGACCUCGUCAUGAACCUCAUGGAUGCCCAUAAGGUUUUCCAGAAGGAACUGGGAAAGCGGACAGGAACAGUGCAGGUCCUGAAGCGGUCAGGCCGGGAGCUGAUCGAGAACAGUCGAGAUGACACCACAUGGGUAAAAGGGCAGCUGCAGGAACUGAGCACUCGCUGGGACACCGUGUGUAAACUCUCUGUCUCCAAACAAAGCCGACUUGAGCAGGCCUUAAAACAGGCAGAAGAGUUUCGGGACACCGUCCACAUGCUGUUAGAGUGGCUUUCUGAAGCAGAGCAGACGCUUCGCUUUCGGGGAGCACUUCCUGAUGACACAGAGGCCCUGCAGUCACUCAUCGACACCCACAAGGAAUUCAUGAAGAAGGUGGAGGAAAAGCGAGUGGACGUCAGCUCAGCAGUGGCCAUGGGAGAAGUCAUCCUGGCCGUCUGCCACCCCGACUGCGUCACCACCAUCAAACACUGGAUCACCAUCAUCCGAGCUCGCUUCGAGGAGGUCCUGACCUGGGCCAAGCAGCACCAGCAGCGUCUUGAAACAGCCCUGUCAGAACUGGUGGCUAACGCGGAGCUCUUAGAAGAACUGCUGGCCUGGAUCCAGUGGGCCGAGACCACCCUCAUUCAGCGGGAUCAGGAGCCCAUUCCUCAGAACAUCGACCGAGUGAAAGCCCUCAUUGCUGAGCACCAGAUGUUUAUGGAGGAGAUGACUCGCAAACAGCCAGACGUGGACCGGGUCACCAAGACCUACAAGAGGAAGACUGUGGAGCCCCCCCACCCACCUUUCAUGGAGAAAACCCGCGGCAGCAGGAAGUCCUUGAACCAGCCUACCCCUCCUCCCAUGCCAAUUCUUUCACAGUCUGAAGCCAAAAACCCCCGGAUUAACCAGCUCUCGGCCCGCUGGCAGCAGGUGUGGCUGUUGGCACUGGAGCGGCAGCGGAAGCUGAACGACGCCUUGGAUAGACUGGAGGAGUUGAAGGAAUUUGCCAACUUCGACUUCGAUGUCUGGAGGAAGAAGUACAUGCGUUGGAUGAACCACAAAAAGUCUCGGGUGAUGGAUUUCUUCCGGCGCAUUGACAAGGACCAGGACGGGAAGAUAACUCGUCAGGAGUUUAUCGACGGCAUUUUAGCAUCCAAGUUCCCCACCACCAAGUUAGAGAUGACUGCCGUGGCCGACAUUUUCGACCGAGACGGGGACGGCUACAUUGAUUACUAUGAGUUUGUGGCUGCUCUCCAUCCUAACAAGGACGCUUAUCGACCGACGACUGAUGCAGAUAAAAUCGAAGACGAGGUCACAAGACAAGUGGCUCAGUGCAAGUGUGCAAAAAGGUUUCAGGUGGAGCAGAUCGGAGAGAACAAAUACCGGUUCUUCCUCGGCAAUCAGUUCGGCGACUCGCAGCAGCUGCGGCUGGUCCGCAUCCUGCGCAGCACGGUCAUGGUCCGCGUUGGCGGGGGAUGGAUGGCCUUGGACGAGUUUCUAGUGAAGAACGACCCUUGCCGAGCACGAGGUAGAACUAACAUCGAACUUAGAGAGAAAUUUAUCCUGCCAGAGGGGGCAUCCCAGGGAAUGACCCCUUUCCGGUCACGGGGUCGGAGGUCCAAGCCAUCUUCCCGGGCGGCCUCCCCCACCCGCUCCAGCUCGAGUGCCAGUCAGAGCAACCACAGCUGUGCGUCCAUGCCCUCUUCUCCAGCCACCCCAGCCAGCGGUGCCAAGACUCCGCUUCAGUUCUCUCGCUGUUAUGACAAACCCUGGUUGGUAAACAGUAAAGCUGGCAGCCCUCUCAGGGACAGCCAUUAUCCUGACCUCCAGCUGCCCAGCCCCGAGCUCAUUCCGUCAACAGGCAGCAAGUUGAAACGACCCACACCAACUUUCCAUUCUAGCCGGACGUCCCUCGCUGGUGAUACCAGCAAUAGUUCGUCCCCAGCCUCCACAGGUGCCAAAACCAACCGGGCAGACCCUAAAAAGUCAGCCAGUCGCCCCGGGAGUCGGGCCGGGAGUCGGGCCGGGAGUCGAGCAAGCAGCCGACGAGGAAGCGACGCCUCUGACUUUGACCUUCUAGAGACACAGUCUGCUUGUUCAGACACUUCAGAGAGCAGCGCUGCAGGGGGCCAGGGCAGCUCCAGGAGAGGGCUAGCUAAACCUUCCAAGAUCCCCACCAUGUCUAAGAAGACCGCCACGGCCUCCCCCAGGACUCCGUGUCCCAAGCGAUAACACUGUACAAGCACCCCAAGCCACUAUCCACUUUGAAUCCUGCUCCAUACAUUGGGUGUAUAUUUAUUCUGAACGGGAGAAGUUAUAUUGUUAAAAGUGUAAAACAAUAAUUGUGUUAUGAAGCUGCCUUAUUUUUUUUUCUUUUUGUAAGUUACUAUUUUCAUGUGAAUAUUUAUGUAGAUAAAAUUUGCCUCCUGGUAACCCUGUAAUGGAUGGGGCUCAGAAAUGAAAUAUUUGAGAAAAAUAAGUGAAAAGGUCAAAACGAGAAUGUGUAUUAAAAAAAAAGCCUCUAACUCGGGUUUUUGCGUGGUGCAGGGUUGUAAACCUGCUUUAUAUCUUUUAGGAUUAUUCCUAAAUGCAUCUUCUUUAUAAACUUGACUUGCUGUCUCAGCAAGAUAAAUUAUAUUAAAAAAAAAAAAAAGAAUCCUGCAGUGUUUAAGGAACUCUUUUUUUGUAAAUCACAGACACCUCAAUUAGCAAGAACUGAGGGGAGGGCACUUACAAUUGCUUUUUCUAAUUUAAUGUCGUGUGAUUUUAGCUGAAGAGAGGUGAACCUCAUUUAAGUAACGUUUGCACAUAAUACAGCAAAAGGAGGUCAUUGCAAUACUGUCUUUGAAUACUGUCUCAGUACUGGGUGUUUAAAGGACAAAGAGCUGCUAGAAUUCAGGAAUAAAUGUAGCCGUUCAGAAAACGUCAGCACAUUGGGGUUUCGGACUGAUUUGUAACUUCCUACCCAGCCACAGUAACUCCUGUACUCACCAGGAUCCAGACCCUUGGCAAGGGAGACUCCUCGGUGGCUUUGCGAAUUACAGAUUUGUUUAUCCACAGUUUUUGCUAUUUAUUUCGACGAUCGAUCAACUUCCCACAAACUGAGGGAUGAAUCCCACAAGCCUAUUCAGAAAACGUGGACCUGAGACGAACACUUGCUCGCCCUCGGAUGGAGUUCACCAGCACACUGUUACCCAGUCCCGUUCGCUUCCGUCUUUUUUUGUGCGUAAUAAAGUCAACUGACCAAGUAACCAUGAAGAGGGGCUGAUGGGGCUCCUGUUUUUUAGCUGCUGUUCCUCUUCAGCUCCGACCAUGUUGCUGUGUGAUUAUCUCAAUUGGUUUUAAUUGAGGCAGAAACUGAAGCUCUACCAAUGAACUGUUUAAAAACAAGACACACUUUUGUAUUAAAAUUGCUUGCAGUAACAAAUG